AUGGCAUCUCCUUCAUACGAACUAACUCCAUAUGGAGCCCCGAUGCUGAAGCAUUUCCUGUUUGAUCCCACAUAUAAGAAUCUCAACCAUGGAUCCUUCGGUACAUAUCCAGCUCAGGUAAGACAUGCGCUUCGUAAGUACCAGGACGAACUCGAAGCGAGACCAGAUGCUUUCAUCCGUUACACCCAUGGUGACCUGCUGGAUGAGUCACGUCGGGAAACUGCCAAGAUUCUCAACGUCCCUGUUCAAGAAGUGGUGUUCGUCAAGAAUGCCACAACCGGAGUGAACACUGUCCUCCGCAACCUCAGCUACCAGGAGGGAGAUGUGAUUAUAUACUUCGCGACCAUUUACGGGGCAAUUGAGAAGGCAAUCACCUCAUUGACUGAAACCACCCCGCUUCAGGCAAGAAAGGUUGACUAUACUUGCCCUAUCAGCCACCAGACUCUUGUGCAGAAGUUCAGAGAUGCUGUGGAAGAGGCUCGAUCGGAAGGAUUAAAUGUGAAACUGGCGGUGUUUGAUACCGUGACUAGUCUUCCGGGGGUGAGGUUUCCUUUUGAGGAAUUGACCAGGGUCUGCAAGGACGAAGGAAUUUUCAGUGUCAUCGAUGGCGCUCACGGAAUCGGGCACAUUCCAUUGGAUCUGAAGGAGUUACAGCCCGACUUUUUCACAAGUAAUUUGCACAAAUGGCUCUACGUCCCCCGUGGUUGUGCGGCUCUAUACGUUCCUGUGCGCCACCAGCACCUGAUCCGCACGACACUUCCAACAUCCUGGGGCUUUAUUGCGGAUCCCACGUCAUCCACGGCGGACAAGCCGAAUAUUCUGACACCGGUAGGGAGCCAACGGUCCGCUUUUGAGGAGCUUUUCCAGUUUGUGGCUACGAGUGAUGAUGCGGCUUAUCUGACGGUCCCCGAAGCCGUACGCUUCCGCACUGACGUAUGCGGCGGACAUGACGCUAUCUUUAAACAUCUUGAGGAGCUCGCGAUCCAAGGCGGUGACAUUGUUGCAGCUGCGCUCGGAACAGACGUCCUGCAGGAGCCCGAUCUCCGGUCCGGGGAAAGAAGCCAGCUCCGUCGGUGCGGAAUGUCUACAGUCCGAUUACCGAUCGCUGUUGGUGGACAGGAGAAUGGAAAGCUGUCGUCACCUUAUCCUCCGGUGGCUGCUGAAGAUGUCAGCAAGGUGGUGCAUUUCCUCCAGGUGACUUUAAAAGAUGAGUUUGGAACCUUUGUUCCCGUUUUCCAACAUGGUGAUUGGUUGUGGACGCGUCUGAGCGCUCAAGUAUAUCUGGAGGCAAAGGACUUUGAGUGGUUAGGCGGAGUGUUGAGGGGUUUGGUGGAGAGGGUCAGGCAGGGAGAAUACCAGUCGUAG